UUUGUUUGUGUGAAUACUUUCAACGUCAUCGCCAUGUCUGGACGCGGCAAGCAAGGAGGAAAAGCUCGGGCCAAGGCCAAGACUCGCUCUUCUCGUGCCGGACUCCAGUUCCCCGUGGGUCGUGUUCACCGUCUUCUGCGCAAAGGGAACUACGCAGAGCGCGUCGGGGCCGGAGCUCCCGUCUACUUGGCUGCUGUGCUGGAGUACCUGACUGCCGAGAUCCUGGAGUUGGCCGGCAACGCUGCCCGGGACAACAAGAAGACCAGGAUCAUCCCUCGCCACUUGCAGCUCGCCAUCCGCAACGACGAGGAGCUGAACAAACUCCUGGGCAGAGUCACUAUCGCUCAGGGAGGCGUCCUCCCCAACAUCCAGGCUGUGCUGUUGCCCAAGAAAACCGAGAGCCACAAGGCCAAAGGAAAAUAAAGGAAGAAGAAAGGCGCUAAAAAGUAAAAAAGCCCAACAACCCAAAGGCUCUUUUAAGAGCCACCUACAACUUCAUAAAAAGAGCUGAUUUUUCUCUUACUACUUGCGAGAUGUAAAAACCCAUGCGAAGCCUUGAGGAAGAGUAAAUAGUUUAUAAAAUUAUGGUCCUCCCGUUCGCUUUUGCUAGAUGGGUUUUACGGCCCCUAUACGUAGCAGGCUGCGGUAUC